CACUUGCCAUAUAUAUCCCAUCCACCUGACCAUUCCCUCAACAUGUCAACCGAUGGCCCUUCAUCCGAUGGGCGAGGUGCGAUUGCAUCUUCAUCAUCAGAUAUACAUCAAACGCCAACCUCAAGAACAGGUGCUGCAUCCAAUCGAAGAAAGAGUCAUAAACAAUUGAGCGCAAAACAGUUGGACAAGAUUGUAAAAAACCUUACUUCCGUCCAGAAAAGUGUCGGUCAUUUACGAUCAGAUUCGUACGGAUCAUUAUCACAUAUUGGUGAAAUGUCCAAUUAUGAAAAUGCGAUCAAUGACGAAAACAUUUUGCUCGGCGAAGAUGGACAGCGUGAAUUGGCUUCUUAUGCGAUCGAGGAAGAAGAUGGAGCCUUGCUUGGAGAAACAACGCUAACGGGAUUGGAUCUGAAUCAAUUGAAUGGAGCAGAAGCAUGGCUACAAAGAAAAGGUCUUGAUAAAUCACUCUUUAAAGGAUUCAGUAAAGGACCAGACGGGAUCGCAUUGGCAAAAGUUGCAGCCAAAGGACCAAAAGGAAAAGACAGUGCUCCGCCAGAUUCAUUCUUGCACGAAGCCACUUUCGUCUUUAAUCCUCUUAAUCGUCGUAUACCACAUCAAACGCCGAGAAAGCAAGCAGCUUCUGGACUUGGAGCAAAAGGACUUCCAAAAUUGCCGAAAGAAUCAGUUGCCGAUCGCAUUGCUCGUACAAAGCCGGACGCAAAGAGGACAGCGUCGGGCUCAAACGAAACGGCAAAUGCUUCGGUGACACAACAGUCCAUUGGUGACUCGACACAGGUAGAACCACUGGCAUCGGUACCGAAAGAGAUUCAAGAAGCUUUGGUGUUGGAAGACCUUCUCUUUGUCUUGUCUGGAAUAGAAGGUCAAUAUUUCCAGUAUACGCCAUCUUAUUCUCCGGAAGCUCUCGGAUCGCGAUUGAAAGGUGCCACUUUUACCAUUGAUUCUGGACUAGACCAAUCACUGCAAGAUGUUGUUGGGAGGAUCCUGCCACUGGCAACGCAUUAUACCGCCAUCUUUGCUUUCGUAGAAGCGGAAUCAAGUUUGGAGUUCGGUACAGUGAUACAUGCUUUGUGUGCAGCUAUACGUGAUUUGCUAAAAGAGUACGAGAUUUUGAUCAUCCAGCUUGAACACCAAAUGGCUACUUCACCUGCGUUCACCUUGCAAAAGCUUUGGUUCUAUGUUCAUCCGACACUAAGGACGAUGUCGCUUUUGCACAACUUUAUUACCGAGAUUAUCGAAGUUUCACAUGCAAACGUUUUAGAAGCAGAGGAUGAUGGUGAGGGAGAUUCAAGUGACGAAGAUGAUGACGACGAGGACGAUGAGGAAGACAGCUUAGAUCGGAAAAGACGUGAGCUGCUCAGCCUGGAUGAUGAUGACGAAAAUAAGAUCGUUGGUGGAAUAGUGAAAGGUGGAGAGGUUUUAUCACUUUUGUACGAUCGAGUGAUCAGGAUGGGAGGUGAUGAAGCAGCACACAAACUAUUCCGUACCCUCCUCAUUCGAGCCGCACAGCCUUAUGCGGAUAUAUUGGUUCGGUGGAUCACGACAGGAGAUCUUUCAGAUACGUAUGAAGAAUUCUUGGUGAUGGAAAAUCCAAAAGUGACACAGGCAAGCUUGGAAUCCGACCCGACUGACGAAUUCUGGGAACGACGAUACACUUUGCGGGAUGAAAGUGCGAUCGAGCAAAAGGAACACGAAAGACAACAAGGGCUUGAUCUGGAUGAAAUGUUGGAUGAAAGCAGUGCUCGCGGGAUCCUUACAGGAGGAGCCAAGAUACCGGCAUUCUUGGAGCCAUGGAAGAGAAAGAUUCUGCUUGCCGGCAAGUACUUGAACGUCAUUCGUGAAUGCAGCAAAGACGUUUCCUCCAUUCCAGAGAUUGCAGAGCACGCAGAAGCUCUUCAAGAUGCGGAUAUCGACAUGACGGACGAAUCGUUCUUUCAGUACAUCGAAACGGCAUACCAACGGGCAAAUACGGCAUUGUUGAGCUUAUUGCUGGACGAGCAUAAUAUCGUCGUGCGAUUAAGGUCAAUGAAGCACUACUUCUUUCAAACGCACUCUGAUUUCUUCUCCUCCUUCCUCGAAGCUGCUGGACGGGAAUUGCGCAAAGAGGUUGUUCCUGAUAAGGUCAGAGAUGUGACGAUUAUGCGCUUGCAAAGUCACCUCGGUAUGGUCCUUGGCAGUUCAAAUUGCGUUGGCUAUACAGAUCCGUUCAGAGAGGACGUCAAGGUGACGUUAGCAUCUGAGAAUGCGUACGACCAAUUGAAACGAAUCGCUGAGAUCAAAGGAGGAAUGGAAGCAGCAAGAGCACAGGCAAAGUUGGCAAAGCAAAAGGAUAGAGAGCGUAUCCCGUUGAUGGAAUUGCUGCAAUUUGAUUUGACGGUCAAGUUCCCCACCUCAUUGGUGAUCUCUAAAAAGAACAUCUUACGUUGGCAAUUCCUGCAAAGGCCCAUCAUCAAUCUCAAAGCAACGGAAAAAGCCUUGUGCGAUGUGUUUACCGAACAUCAAGAACCUGCAUGGCGUAAAUUGGAGAAAGGUCAUCCGCAAUUGCAAAAAUGGAAGAUGCGAAUCUUCAACUUACGUCAUCGAAUCUUGUUCUUUGUUCAGCAAGUUACAGCGUUCAUGACAGCUGAAGUGAUUGAGCCAAAUUGGCGUGAUCUGGAGUCAAAAAUGGAACGUGCAACAACAGUGGAUCAAUUCUUGAAAGAUCAUUUCGAUUUUUUGAACCUAUGUCGAAAAGAAUGCAUGUUGACCGAUUUACGAUUUGUGGAAAUGAUGUCCAAGCUGAUGUCUGUUGCGAUCAUCUUUUGUGACAAUCGAGUCCGGUUUCGUGAUCAAUUGCAUAUGGAACGUGCAAAUUGGCAAAAAGAUUUGUUGGAGUCACCUCAUCAAAUCGAAGCACCUAAAAUGAGCGAAGAUGUCCUUAGCUUCCUCAAAAGGAUCGAAGGUCAUUGGGAAAAGAGAUUGAGCACGUUCAAAGAUAUUGUAGCCCUUCUUUCUACAACCGAUAAUCCUUCCGCUUUACCUUUAUCUUAUCGUUUACAGUCCGCUUGAUGGCUUUACGAACCGUGUAUAAUUAAAAUGAUGUACGAUAGAAAAUACCAAUGCAGUGUAUGCUC